AGAGGUCUCCUCGGACGCCCUUCCAUAUCUCAUGCGGCCCUCGUGCCGCAACUGCGAUUUCUGCGACGGGCUCGCCUCCAUGGAUCCAGACACCAGCUUGGCAGCAGGAACGGAGGAACAAGAGAAGGGUGUUGAUGUCAAAUCGCUGUUCAAGGGCUUGGGAUUCCUAGAUCGGUAUUUGGCGUUGUUCGUCUUUCUUGCUAUGGUCUUGGGAGUGUUACUGGGAGUAUAUCGAGAAGACGACGUGCACCGAGCCUUCGGUGGAGCUCAAUGGCAAGGCGCCUCAAUCCCGAUCCUCAUUGGUCUCCUGAUAAUGAUCUGGCCCAUCCUCACCAAAGUCUCUUACGAGUCCCUACCCGCCCUCUUCUCAACGCGCAGGAUAUGGAUACAUCUUGGGCUCUCGGCGCUGCUCAAUUGGGUAGUAGCGCCGUUUGUAAUGCUCGGCUUGGCUUGGGCGACGAUGCCGGAGCCAGCUUUGGAGAGGGAGAGGAAGGGAGUUAUUCUGGUUGGGGUAGCCAGAUGUAUCGCGAUGGUCCUCAUCUGGAAUGGGCUGGCUUGUGGAGAUACGCAGUAUUGUGCGAUCCUCGUUGGUGUCAACUCCGUCCUACAAAUAGUGCUCUUCGCUCCCUACGCUCUGCUCUUCCUCAACGUUCUGGGCGGCUCCUCUUCUCCAGCCCUGAUCCUCUCUUAUUCGAGUGUCGCGACCAGCGUGGGGAUCUACCUCGGCAUCCCCCUAGCGGCCGGCAUACUCACCAGGUUCAUCAUCAAGACUAUGCUCAGCUCCAAGCAUCAGGAUCUUUUCUUCCACUACUUCUCCCCUCUCUCCCUCCUCGGCCUCCUCUAUACCAUCAUAGUGCUCUUCGCCGCCCAAGGCCAGCAGAUCGCCGCCAACGUAGGCUCGGUAUUCCGUAUAUUCGUCCCCCUCAUCCUAUACUUCACAAUCGUCUGGAACUGCACCUUUUUCGGGCUGUAUUUCUUGGGCCGCAGCAGGAGGGGCAGGGCACUAGGAGGAUACGACAAAGCUGUCGUGCAGGCUUUCACGGCGGGGAGCAGUAACUUCGAGCUGGCGAUCGCUGUUGCCGUCGCGAGUUUUGGAACAGAAAGUCCCGAGGCGCUGGCUGCGACCAUUGGACCGCUUGUGGAAGUCCCGGUUCUGCUGGCACUGAGUUGUGUAGCGCUCUUGCUCAGGAAGAAAUUGGAUUGGACGCCUAAGCCGAAUAUUGUCCUAGUAUGA